AUGGAAGUUCGUCUUAAAAUUGUUACAUUAUAUAGAGAGAUAUUUGAUAAUCCUAGUGUUAUUGAGGAAGAAUUUAAUUGGUCUGAAUUUUUUCUCUUAAAACAUGCUGAAAAAGAAUUUAUUAAUGUUUUAGAUGAAAAUUUUGGUAAUGAAGAAAAAUUUGAAAAAAAUUGUUUUGUGACGCAAAGAAUAAUUGAAAGAGCUAUUAAAUUUAUAGCUAUAAGUGAAAAUAAAGUACAUAUAAGAAAUGCUUGUGAGACAUUACGUACAAUUGUUGAAUAUGUUUUAUCUAAAUAUCCUGAUAAUCAGAGAUGGGAAAUCAUUUCAAAUCAUUAUAGUUUUGCUAUUUUUGGAGCUUUUUCAGUUAAGUUAACAUCAAUGCUUAAAGAAUAUAAUGAAAUUGAGGAUGAUGAAAAAGAAAAAGAUUAUAGAGAAAUAUUAUUAAUUGUAUUAAAAACUGCUGUUAGUCUUGUUUUAAGUUCUGGUGAUAUUCAAAAAAACAGAUUAAUACCUGUAUUUUUACAACCUGAUUUUAGUAGCGCUUUGCAAAAUAAUAUCGGAAAAAAAUCACAUUAUAGUAUUGAAUGUAAAAUAUGGAGUAUGAAACUUUUAUGUCAUAUAUUAUCAUUUUCAUUUCAAAAACAACAGAAUCCAUUUGUUGUAAUGUUAUCUAGAACAGGAGAUGAAAUGAUAAUGCUUGGAUUUAGAGAAAUUCUUAUUUAUUUAACAAGACAAUAUAUUGAAAAAUUUAAAAUAAGUUUAACAAAUAUUUUAGAUGAAAAAAAUACUUUAUUUAAUUCACUAAGUUCACCAUUAUUUAAUAUUUUUUCAACAAAUACUAAUACUUCAAAAGUUUUUGAUUCUGAUUCAUUGAUUCUAGAAUGUAUUACUCAUGUUGAAUUGUUUUUGUUUACCAAAAUGUUAAUAUCAUCAAACAAAGAUUUUAUAACUUUUAUGAUGAUAAAUCCAAUUAAUGAUACUGGAAACAAUCUUUUCUUAGAAUUUUUAUGUUUAUCAUCCUUCAUUUUUGGUAUAUUUAAAGGGGAAUCUUCAGUUAACAAAAAUAGUAGAGCGAUAGCAUAUAAUUGUCUUUAUAUAAUAAAUCAAGUAAUGGAAGAUCACUAUGCCCAAAAUAUUAUUGUUAAAUCAAGACUUGGUCAAAUUGUACCAUUAAUGAGAGCUGACUUUCAACAUAAACCAUUUUCAAUAGAUUAUUCUUUUGCUAAUGAUGCAACUAUAAUAGAGUAUCUUGUUGAAAUUUUAACAGAAUUUAGUUUAUCACAUAUUAUGAAAAAAUUUCCAUUUGAACAUUAUAAUCUUGUUCUUAAUAUUUUUCACCUUAUUCUUUUACGUAUCCGAAGUGCUACUAUUACAUUACCAAAUUGGCAAAAAUUUUUCCAAACAAUGGUAUCAUUAGUCGCAUUUAUUACACCCAAAUUACAAGGAGACAAUGAUGAAAUAGUUUCUAAAUAUUGUAUGAUUUUUUAUAAACUUUUAAUUGUCAAAAACUUUUUUAUUACUCAUGGUGAUAGUUUUAUACCAAAUGCUGAAUCAUAUAGUUUUUUGUAUUAUGAAAUUAUUCGACAAAAAGAUCUUUAUGUUAAAAUAAUGAAUAUUGUUGAGGAAAAAUUAAAAAAUGAAAAAUAUUGUUUAAGAGAAUGGUUUGUAAAAAUUGAAUUAUUAAUGGAUAAUAUAAAUUUAAUUCAAAACUAUUUUACAUCUAAAUUUGAAGAAGAAGGUGAUUAUAUCUAUGAAGAUGUUGUUCUCAAUAUGAUAACUAAUAGUUUAUCAGGAAUGACGUUGAGAUUACAUGCUGAAUUAGAAAUUGCUCAACCACUACCUUCUUUUGACACUGAAUUUAUUCUAUAUAAAAUGUGA